UUUUUAUUAUCCAUAUCCAUGAGUGAGUAGCAGAGAGAGAGAUAGAGAGCGGCACAAACAAGCAAGCAAUCCCUACUCUAUAUUUUCAUUUUGCGACAGAAAGAACCGAACGCAACACAAUCGAUCAUGAUGAGCACGACGAGUAGCACUACAAUUGCAACAAUGGCGGCUCCGUUGCCGUUCGCCAAUUCCAAGAUACAGAGAAGCAGGAGAAUCGCGACGAUGAUAAGGUGCGACGUGGACGGAGAUUCAUCACUGAAGAUUGGAGCGCGUGUUAGGGUGAAGGUUCCUCUGAAAGUGUAUCACGUUCCUAAAGUUCCGGAGGUUGAUCUCAGCGGCAGGGAAGGUAACAUCAAACAGAACGUUUCUAUAUGGAAAGAUAAGAGAAUCUCUGCAAAUUUUCCUUAUAAGGUUGAGUUUGUUGCUGAAGAUAUUCAAGGUCCUCGUGGUCCUCUCAAGUUCGUUGCUCACCUCAGGGAUGACGAAUUCGAAUUACUGGAGUAAUUCCUUUUUUUAUCAGUCAAUUCUAAUACAUGUCUACAAGUCUAUUUCAAGUUAUAUUAGAGGCGUUUGUGUCCUCUAACCUACAAUACAAUACAGUGUAUCUCCUAUAUAUUAGUAAUUCAUUUUCACAAUCUAUUUGCAUCUUCA